GGACACAAGGAAAAGAAGGUGGGCAGGACCAUCCUGUAGCUGUCUUCGGCUACGGCAUGCAUGCCUUCAAGUGGCGAUGCAGAUUGAGUCCUACAUCUGCUUCCCCAUAUGAACGGACUCCCGAACAGGUGUGAGUCUGAUGUCUGAACAGGAAGAGUCCACCACAAUGGCGAAGAGGAUCGUCGGGAUCAUGGAGAAAACCUGCGUCUCCCAUUCGAAGAACAUCGCUUUCGGUUCGUUCGCGAUGUCGCGGUGGUGGCCGUCGCUGUCUUCUCCACUCACCUGAAGGUAGGCGCAUGGUCCUGCAUCUCCGGUGCACCAUUAGAAUGUUCGUUUGGCUCCAUGCAUGCACUUGUUCUGGCAAGUUGAUCGUUGUGGAAGUGCACGCUCAUCCUUUUCUGCGUCAAGCAUGAUGCUAAGAUAAGAGAGAAAGAGAAAGAGAGACAUCCUUUUCUGCGUCAAAGAUGUUGCUCGACUAGGGCGGAGAGAGAGAGAGAGAGAGAGACUCAUCCUUUUCUGCGUCAAAGAUGAUACUCAGCUAAGGGGGACAGAGAGAGAGAGCGAGAGAGAGAGAGAGAGAGAGAGAGAGACUCAUCCUUUUCUGCGUCAAAGCUGAUACUCAACUAAGGGGGAUAGAGAGAGAGAGAGAGCGAGAGAGAGAGAGAGAGACUCAUCCUUUUCUGCGUAAAAGCUGAUACUCAGCUAAGGGGGAUAGAGAGAGAGAGAGAGAGAGAGAGAGAGAGAGAGAGAGCGAAUCGCUUUAUGGAGAACCUUGUGGUCCUACGCUAAUUAGCUUCCUGCCUCGAGCAUCGAUUCAAGCUCAUCGCGGCCCCGAAGACUCUUCCCUAAGGAAAUAGCUCUCGGUCGUCAUGUGUUUGCUUUAAUGCUGCGCGUGGAUUCCUACUCCUGAGACCUGAAUCCCGGCUGCAGAAGAGAAGGAAGACCAUGAGAACCAGGAAAGGCAGGCGCUCCGAGUCCUUUUGGCCCUCAAUCGUGAUGAGGAAGUGGCUCAACAUCAAGCCAAAGGUGCACGAAUUCAGCGAGGACGAGGCCGAUACAGAGAGCAGCGAUGAUGAUGAUGAUGCAAGAAUCUCCUAUACAAUUCCAUUUCCCGGAACACUCCUAAGCAAGAACGAGUGCAGAACUCAAGCCUCAGAAACAAGGGUCACCUUGUCAAGACUUCGAAGAAGGAAAUCGGAAACCCUGCGAGUUAACUACAUCACCAACAAAGAUGUGAGGGUGAUGAUUGGCACAUGGAAUGUCGCGGGAAGGCUCCCUUUGCAGGAUCUUGAGCUUGAUGAGUGGCUUGAUACUGAUCAACCUGCUGAUAUGUAUGUUCUUGGUUUCCAGGAAGUAGUCCCUUUGAAUGCUGGGAAUGUUCUUGGAGCAGAGGACAACAGGCCAAUCCAAGAAUGGGAGGCAAUCAUAAGAAGAACACUCAACAAAUCUUCGCAGCCGAAGACACUCUGCAAGAGCUACACUGCUCCUCCCUCGCCUGCAUCCAUCUUAUCUCCUACUGAUCCCCACACCGAUGGAACACAAGAAGAAGAACGAACCGAUCAGACUAGCUUGCACAAGGGAUUCGAGUUAGAUUGGCCUGAGCAUUCGUUUGAUACACCACAGCAAGUGUUGGUCUCCGGUAAGAGACUGAGGAGGGUGUUGAGCAGUACUGCUAGAAGUGGAAUGGAAGAAGCUCAGGUUUACGCAGGACUGAGAAGAGUGUGUCAAAGCUCAGGGAAUCUAGGAAUGAUCUGGCCGGAGCAGCAAGAAGCGUCUGAUGUGCUGGAUUCGAUCGACGACAUGUCGAAGCCAAGCUCACGAUACUUCCGCGUCGUCAGCAAGCAGAUGGUGGGCGUUUACGUCUCGGUUUGGGUCUGCAGUAGGCUGCGCCGCCAUGUCAACAACCUGAAGGUUUCCCCCGUCGGCGUUGGACUCAUGGGCUACAUGGGCAACAAGGGAUCGGUUUCUGUCAGCAUGACGCUAUUCCAAUCGCGCUUGUGCUUCGUCUGCUCUCACCUGACGUCCGGCCACACGGAGGCGGAUCAGCACAAGCGCAACUCCGACGUCCAUGACAUCCUCCAUCGCACGAGGUUCGCUUCCCUGGACGCUGCUGACCAUCCACAGACGAUUCCCUCGCACGAUCGCAUAUUCUGGUUCGGGGACUUGAAUUAUCGCCUCAACAUGCCCGAUGCUGAGAUAAGAGCAUUAGUCGCCGGGAGGUGUUGGGAUGAACUGAUGAACUUUGAUCAGCUGAGCAAUGAGCUAAGAGGCGGCCACAUAUUUGAUGGGUGGAAGGAAGGGCUCAUUGCCUUUCCUCCUACUUACAAGUAUGAGAUGAAUUCUGACAGAUACGUCGGAGAAAUUGCGAGAGAAGGGGAGAAGAGGAGAUCACCAGCAUGGUGCGAUCGGAUUCUGUUUCUGGGAAAGGGAAUCAAACAGGUAUCGUACGGGAGAUCUGAGCUAAAUCUAUCGGAUCAUCGGCCGGUAAGCUCUGUGUUUAUGGUUGAAGUUGAAGUGCUCGAUCAGCGAAAACUGGAAAGGGUGCUAAACUUCACCAACGCUGGAUUGCUGCCGGAAGAGAUCUAAAAAACUUGUAGAUUGGAUUUACCUUCGACUCAUCACUGCCGCUCCACAUUUCUGAGAUGGACAUGCAGUUCUUGAAAUCGAAUCUCGGAGGAAAUUGGACUGAUCCGACAGUGUGGGAUGCUGAAAGUGCAGUGAUUGUAAAGUGCGUCUGUGGAAGUAUUCAAUCAAGAAGAUAGAUCACAGCAUAAAUCAAUUCUCAAAAUGGAAAUUAUGUUUGGUAAUAAUGAUUGAGAUGGAACGAACAGAUAAAUAAGUAAACUAUUUCUGUGAAGGAUACGUCAAUUUGAUUUAGGAAUGUAAUUUUCUUGAGAACUAAUUUCUUUUUUCUUUCUUUCUUUCUUUAACAAAUCAACAUGAAAUUUAUUAUUUAUGAAUAUAAUUAAAAUUUUAGUAAAAAGACAUAACAAACCGUUAUAAUGGUUCGUUAUACUGUUACAAGGCUUCCUUGGAUUUGACGCAAUCUAACAGCGUGUAAAGGUGGGAAACAGAAUCUUUAAAUAGUCAACCCAUCUCACCAGGAAAUCAACGUCAUCUUCCACCAUCGCCCCCAAAACUCGUCACGAUUUCUUCUUGGAGAGCUCGAUCAACCCUUGUUCCCACGCCUCUUCUUCGUCUUCUCAUCAUCCAGAGCUGAAGAUGGAUUAUGAUUUCAAUAAGAUAUCACCAGAGAAGGAGGUCUCUGUGGAAUUUGUGCGGGAGUCACUGAUGGCGAUCUCUCAGUCUCUUCCGGAUGUGAUACAUGCGCCAAAUGGGUUUCCUGUUAAGACACCUGUUGCUGCCGAUGCUGUUGGUGACCAAAAUGUCGGCAGUGGAGCAGAAGAGUAUAGGUCUAAGCUGAUCUCCAUCUCUUAUAUGCAAUCUCCAGAUGUUAAACUUUCUCCGUCAUUAGCGGAAAAUCUCGGUGUGUAAAGAGGAUGGAACUCUUGCCCGUGGAAACUCUGUACAUUUAAUGUUUACCAAGUUUGUGUGGGAGUAGAUACUUAUGAAUGAGUUUGGAGGUCCAACUUUGUUUGCUGAAAAUAUGAAUCUAGUCACUAUGUAAAAUAUGUACAGCUAUCAAAGUAUAUUCUGCUGCUCUAUAACUUACAGGUGGCAUGUUCCUCCCUCUUCUAUAUAGUUCAAUACUUAUUUGCGAA